CCUCUUCCUCCUCCUCCUCCUCCUCCUCCAGCGGCCACCAGGGACCCUGAAAUCCACCAGUCCAGGACCCCACAGCCAGGUCUGCUGCACCAUCCUCCAGGAUCCCCUGCAGCCGGGGACACGUGUGCAGGAGGCUGUUGGUCCGGAACAUGUCUUCACCCGCCCCAGCCUCUGUGGCUCCAGGCUUCAUCUUCCCUCACCCAUGGCCAACCCAGACCCAUCGAUCCAUGACGUCUUAGGCAUUUUAGGAGCCGUGGGAAGGGACAGGCUGGUCCACCUGGAACACAAGCUGGAGAGUCUGCACCCAGGCAGCCAGGAGUCCAAGCUUCUUCACGCCAUGGUGCUCUUGGUUCUGGGCCAGGACACAGAUGCCAGGACCUCUUUGCGGUCCUUGGAAGCAGACACAGUGGCCCAGCUAGUAGCCCGCCAGUGGGCAGGCGAGGUCAACACAGAAGGCCCCGAGGAGCCCCCAGAUUUGUCCUGGACCGUGGCUCGCCUGUACCACCUGCUGGCUGAGGAGAACCUGUGUCCAGCUUCCACAAGGGACAUGGCUUACCAGGUGGCCCUCCAUGACCUUGCCUCCCAGGGUGACCACCUGCUGGGCCAACUCCAGAAGGAGGCCUGGGAUCGGUGUAGUUCAGAUACCAUGGGGGACCCCCAUGGCUUCCAGCCACUCGAUUUUGAUCAGGGUUGCCUGCCACCAACUUCAGCAUCUCCUUCAAUGACCAGAAGCCAGCCUCGACCCAUUGAAUCAUCAGACUGGAGCCGGGGGCACUCUCUACACUCCACUGGCAGCAUGGCCUCACUGGCCAGCCACCUGGAGAUCAGCCAGUCACCCACUCUGCCCUUCCUCUGUCCGCAACGUGGAACCCAUGGACCCAGCAAACUCUGUGACACACCCCAGGCCUCCCCUGAGUCUCAGCUUGUCCCUGCAGGCUGCCAAGAGCCUGAGGAAGUGAGCUGGCCCCCGUCAGUGGAGACCAAUGUUCCCUUGGGGUCACCAAACAGAACUGGGGUCCCAGAGGGGUCCCCUGAGGUGACUUUGGCAGUUCUCCCUGACUCUCUGGCUGCUCCAGACACAAGUGUCUGCCACCCGGUUGAAUGCACAGAGGGUUCUAAAGGUUCCCAGUCUCUCCUGCCACCCACGGAAGGUGUUAGAAGGCAGCUGUCUGUGGCGAGUCAGAUGUCUUCUCUGGGCUCUGUCGGAGAGGACAGUCGGCAGAACACCACGUCCAGCCCCCCUGCGCAGCCACCGUCCCCCCAGACCUCCAGUACACUGCCUCCUUCCCCUCUGCCCUCCACCUGCUCCUCUGGCAGCAGUCCUGCUCCCCCAGGCCCCACGUGUCCCGUUCUGGGUCACUCGGAAACAUCUGAGCAGAAAUUCUAUAACUUCGUGGUCAUCCAUGCCAGGGCUGAUGAACACGUGGCCCUACGUAUCCGGGAGAAGUUGGAGACCCUUGGGGUGCCUGAUGGGGCCACCUUCUGUGAGGAAUUUCAGGUGCCUGGGCGUGGUGAGCUGCACUGUCUCCAAGAUGCCAUCGACCACUCGGGGUACACUAUCCUGCUCCUGACCACCAACUUCGACUGUCGCCUGAGCCUGCACCAAGUCAACCAUGCCCUUAUGAACAGCCUCACUCAGUCGGGAAGGCAGGAUUGUGUGAUCCCCCUCCUCCCGCUGGAGUGCUCCCAGGCCCAGCUCAGCCCCAGCACGGCCAGCUUGCUCCACAGUCUUGUGUGGCUGGACGAACACUCCCCGAUCUUCGCCAGGAAGGUGGCGAACACCUUCAAAUCACAGAAGCUCCAGGCACACCGGAUGCGCUGGAAGAAGGAGCAAGAAGCCAGAGCCCUCAAGGAGCAGAGCACACAGCUAGAGGUGGAGCGGCAGAGGUUGGCUGCCAUGUCUGCUGCCUACUCCGCCUAUGUCCAAAGCUGCAGUGCCUGGCAGGCACAGAUGGACAGCCUGGGGGUGGUCUUCAGCAAGGACUUGUCACUGGGGGCUCCGGCAUUCUUCCCCGGUUGGCUAGGAUGUCCACAGCCAAUAUCUUCACAUCCACGCCAGGGUGGUACCCCAGCUUCCCCCUAUUUCCCACAGCCUCCAUCUUUCCCACAGCCUCCGUCUUUCCCGCAGCCUCCAUUUUUCCCACAGCCUCCAUCUUUCCCGCAGCCUCCGUCUUUCCCACAUCCUCCAUCUUUCCCACAGCCUCCAGUCUCUUCCCCACAGUCCCCACCCUUCCCACCUGCCUCUUCAGCAGCCCCCCAGACUCCUCUCGUUAUUCACCAUGCCCAGAUGGUUCAGCUGGGGGUCAACAACCACAUGUGGGGCCAGACGGGGGCCCAGUCGACUGACGACAAGACAUUGUGUCUGGAGGAACCCUGCUUGGGCCCUCCGAAUGACCAGGGGGAAUCCUUGCUUGAUCCUGAGUGACACUGGGAGAGGGGACACUCGCUUGGGUGCACACAGUGGCCAUGAAUUGGACCUCAACUGUAAACUCAGGGCCUGGGAACCCAGAACUCUAUUGGACAUUGCACAGGACUCUGUGGAACCCCAACCUGCAUCCUCUAAGUGGAAAGAAAUGGAUGGGGCCGCGGGCUCCUCCGAGGUGCUCCCAGCAGCUACGUGACCUUCAUUCACUGUGGCACAUGCUGUCUCUGGGGAGGAUGCAGUGUUGGGGCAAUGGAGCGAGAGAGUCCUGUCUUUAUAAUAAAGUUAUUGGCAGCUGAGUCAAGAGCCAGCGCCCCCACCCACAACCACCCUCAAGAAACCAGCAGGAGAUUGAGCCUCGGCAGGGCUGGAAUCUGAAAGCACGAGCGGCAGCGGGCUCCCUGAGAGGCAGGAAUCGGAAGUCGUGGGUGAAUUCUUAUCCCAUUGGUCAGCGUGGGACACGUGGCCUUUUGCUGCAAGGGCCUCUAGGAAAUGUAGGCUUUUUUAGUGAUGGUGGGCGGCCAUAUCGCAGAAAGUCUUGUAAUGUCAAGAAAGGAGAAGAAAAAAAAAGAUACUGGGGAGUUUCUGAUGG